AUGGCGCGUACGCGUGCCAGAUGCCCCGUCUGUCAACGGGGUCCAUAUCAGCUGGGAAACCUAUACGAUCAUCUACGGUUCGUCCAUUGGUGGUCGAAGGAGAAAGUGGAUCAGCUGAAAUUAAAAAUCAAGAACACGAAAUUUGAGGGCAGAUUCGGCAUAGAAUGUGAAUGUGGUAAAAUCUACUAUUCUCAACAUGGUAUACGAGUCCAUAGAGAGCGGAUGCAUGGAGUGCCUCUUGGUCGUUCCGCAAAUUAUUUCCCGGUAACAUGCCCUGCUUGUCACAGUCUUUUUCGUACAGGAGAAGAGUUGGCAAUUCAUUGUGAUGAAAAACAUCGAAAACAAGGCGGUCAAGAUUUUUCUAUGAUUCAAGGAACAUUUCGCACUCAUGACGAUUUCGAGGAAUGGAUCGACUCGGUUGAAAGACUCACCAAAGUGGAAUUCACGAAGCGAACUUCUAGGUUGUGUAAGGAUGGCCGAAAUCAUAUAUUUGUGUGUAAACAUUCAAGAGGGAAAGGUGCUGCCGUGGAUCCAAAGGAAAUAAGACAGCGCUUCAAGAAAAGCGAACGUGUCCAUUCGCACUGUCCGGCUUUUAUCAGAGUGAUCGAAAAUAUGGAUGGAAGUGUCUCCUACCGAGGUUGUCUCGGACAUCUAGGCCACAAAGUAGGCUUAGAGAAAUCGGAGCAAAACCCAAAAGAAAAGUCGAAACGCUGGCAAACUCAUCGACGACAUAAGGAUGCCCUGCUGUACUAUUCAUCCCGAUUGGAUUCAUGUGUUUCCGAACUCUCAGAUGACACAUGGGCCGUUCAAGCAGAAGACGGAUUCGAGUAUACGGUAGUCGUGGGUGAUCCAUGCGAAUGUGGCGAAGAUAACACUCAUUGUGAUAGAUGUGGAGCAUGUCCGUAUCAGAUCAUUUGCAAUUGCUCGGAUGUUGCUCAGAAAAAAGGAGUCUCUUGCAUCCACGCACAUGCAAUUGCGACUUUCAUUGAUAAAGCUCACCAGCGCAUUCCAUCUGUUCAACACUACCUAGCAACCGAAAUGCCCGGCUGUUCAAGUGCAUCAUCUGAACAUGACGAAGGCGCACCACCACUGUUGGACAGUUCCGAAGAUAUGGGUGACUCAGAUGAUGAUGAACAUUACGAAGACAAUCUAUCACGGGAAGAAAAAGAAGAAAACGAUCACACCAGAGCUGAUACACCACCCCAGUUGGUCAUGCAGAAAAAACCCAUUCCAAAAGUAACUGUAGAGUUAUUACGUCCAACAUUCAAAGGAAAACCGCCGCGUACGUCUUCACCGUUGAUAACAUUGAGAGAAGAGGCUAAAGAAGAAUUGGAACAGUUCCAAGGAUUGGACGAAAAGCAGCAUGUGAUGGUGAAUACUUGUAUGCAAAGCCAUCUGCCGCAUGUAAUCAGAGAUAUUCGAUCUACAAUCGAAAGCAAGAUGAGUGAAAUUCUACCUGCAGGCGUAGAGAAAACGCCGAAGACCCGACUUCAGAAUUCUUCACGUUUUAUACAGCAAGAAGAAGCCGGACCAAGUACUUCGAGUAAACAAGGCGAAUGUCCAAGUCAACAACCGAAUCAGAGCCGCGAAAAUAAGAUCCCGGCAACUCGAAAAGUGCUCAGACGUGAAUUUCUAGAAGCACGUUCCUCUAGAAUUCGACUCAGUGACGAAGAUCAGAAGGAAGUGUUGAGGAUUCGAACGCAGCGUGAGCAAAAUCAACAGGUUGUCGCACAACCGAUACGAAAAGUUCUUAAACGCGAAUUCGUCGAAGCGAGCACGUCUCGUUGUCGCCUGCUCAGUGAUAACGCAGAGGAAGAUCCACAAUCGGUGCAACAACAAUCACAAGAGGAAAUGAAUGAACAUGGUGUACAAGAACUUCCUAUUUUGUUACCUGCAAAAGUUCUUAGACGAGAACUUGUUGAAGCAACACCAUCGAUGGGCCUGCUGCUCAAGAAACAGUCUGAGCUUGGCCCUCUUCCGCCUGGAUAUCGAAGGGUUGUACGGCAAACGGUCAUCACACAAGGCGGUCGUAGAGUUGUGAAACGUGUCGUGGUCAGAAGACCUAUUCUCCCAUCCGAAAAAGCUCUAAUAGAUGCAUUAGAGCAAUCAACAACAGACGGACAAGCAAAGAAUGAGGAAGACGAGGGAAUCGAACUUCCUAAUGAAGGGAUCGAAGUGAGAAAAAGGUCUGAAGAACAACCACAAAGUUCUCGAGUCAACGAGGUUGCAGAGGAAAAUCAAGAGAUCGCUGAAGAAACCGCAGGAAGCUCCAAUACGGUUGCGGAAGUCCCUUUUGCAUCAGUUACUGCUGUGGAAGCGAUGGAAUCAAAUCCUGAAAUUAUCUUCUUGAAAGAGGGUCCUGCAGCGGCUGGAAAAACACUCUGCGAAGAAUCAGCACGGCCUUCAACAGCUGCAAAGCCCACUGAAGAUGUGAGUUACUCUCCAGAAGAAGAUCAUAGAACCGAAUCAGAAACCUCGAAGGAUGGUGCCAGAGUAGUUAAGAAGAUCUACACACGGAGAGGAUCAGAAUGGGUACUAAAGCGGUUGGUAAUUCGACCCGCAAAUGAACAUGACCGAGAACUGGCAAGAAGUACAGAAAUGACGGCAGACAGCAAUGAAAGCAACGUCGCAAAGGAUAGCGCAGCGGAUGAAGUAGGAACAAGUCCGACGAAAAAUGGCCCUUGCCGAGUGAUUAGACGUACGUUGGUCAAAAGAGCAGCGAUGGUAGAAGCAGCGAAUGACGACGUCGAGCAAAACCUCGAGGAGAAAUCAAUCGACAACGAGAUUGGCGAAUCGAUUCACAAGACUCCUGAUCUGAUCCGAAAAAGCCUAACAACUGCACUGACCGCCAAGAGCGGUCAGCAUCAAGCUCGAACGGAGAUCUUGUGUCUGAUGUGCGGGAAAGCGGAACCACCGGAGCAUAGCAACGAAGAGCAGAUCUUCUGGAUGGGUUGCUCAAAUGCAAAGAAAUGUCAUGUGAGAGCGCAUGAAAAAUGUCUCAGAGCAGCGCGGGCACGAUGUUUUGUAUGUCAUGCGGGGACAUGGAUUAGGGUGUUAGUGAAAAAUUCGACUAAACAGAGACUUGGCGUUAAUACAAGGUCCGCUAAUAAGGCUGCAAGCAAAGGCAUUGUUGGUAGCGUCAAGAGCACCAAUGGAGAUAAAACACCACAAUCACCAGCUGGCCAACCGACAGACGAAAGAAGCCCAGCGCUUUGUGAAGUCAACUCCUAG